UGUUAGUUAGUUGUUCCUUCCAACUAUUACUCUCUCUUUCUUUCAUUUUUAGUCUGCUAUCCAAGCUUCGAAUCUCUUUCUAUCUCUGUGUGUGUAAUUGAAAAAAUGUGUUAGUUUUUGCAUCGAUCGGUCAUUGCAUGUCUUGGUAUAGGUCAAAUAAAAGUCUGCUUGUUUCGGGAAAAUGGGCACAAAUCGGCGUGAUCACUUUCUGUCGGUCGCCGUGAUUAUUAGCGUUUUCUUGAUCACAUGUGUUCGCUCCACUACUGAUCCAACUGACGUACAAGCAUUGCAGGUUUUGUACACAUCAUUGAACAAUGCUGCACAGCUAACUAAUUGGAAAACUAAUUCCGGUGACCCCUGUGGAGAGUCUUGGAGAGGGGUUACUUGCGACGCCUCUUCCGUUGUUUCCAUUCAACUUCCUGAUUUAGGGAUUGAUGGAACAUUGGGAUACCUGUUGUCGGGUCUCUCCUCACUUAAAACAUUGGAUUUAAGUGGAAACAACAUUCACGACGCCCUUCCAUAUCAGCUACCCCCAAAUCUUACUAGCCUAAAUCUGGCAAAUAACAAUUUAAGUGGAAAUAUUCCAUAUUCCAUUUCGUUGAUGUUUAAUCUGAAUUACAUGAACCUUAGUCGCAAUCUGCUUGCUCAGAAUAUAGGAGAUAUAUUCAAUAAUCUUACUAACCUCGAAACCUUGGAUCUCUCAAACAACAACCUCACCGGAGAUCUACCAAAUUCACUCAGUUCGUUGUCAAGCAUUUCUAAAUUUCAUGUGCAGAACAAUCAAUUAACAGGUUCUUUAAAUUCCCUAACGAGCCUGCCUUUGACUGACGUAAACAUAGCAAACAAUCAUUUCACCGGAUGGAUACCCCGGGAGCUUCUUUCCGUUCCUGCUUUCAUAUACGAUGGAAAUUCAUUUGACAAUGGCCCUGCUCCUCCUCCACCUCCAUAUACACCACCGCCUCCAGGUAAAACUCACAAUAAUCGCAGCCGUUCUCCUCCAUCGCGUACACAUACGGGGUCCGAUGCUCCAUCAUCAAAUACGAGCAGUGGAAAUAAGUUGGGCAUUGGUGCUAUUUUAGGCAUAAGUUUGGGUUCUGCAUUCUUCAUACUUCUUGUACUUCUUGUGUUUCUUUUAUGCCUUAAGAAAGGGAAAAGGAAGGAAAAUAUUACGCGGCCUGCCACAGUAAACCAUCCUAUCAGUGCUGAGAAAGUUAAUGCAGAAAUGCAAGAGCAGAGGGUAAAACCCACAGUUAGCAGCAUAGUUGAUUUGAAGCUUCCACCAACAGAAAACUCAACAUUUGAGCGAGGGAAAAGUGCAUCUACAAAGAGAGUAAAAUCGCCUAUAACCACUAGUUCCUACACCGUUGCAACUCUUCAAACAGCAACAAAUAGUUUCUCUCAGGACAAUAUAAUCGGUGAAGGUUCUUUGGGUCGUGUUUAUAAAGCAGAUUUCCCCAACGGAAAGAUCAUGGCUGUUAAAAAAAUAGAUAAUGCGGCAUUAUCACUGCAAGAAGAAGAUAUUUUUGUUGAAGCUGUCUCAAACAUGUCACGCUUGAGGCACCCGAACAUAGUUCCACUGGCUGGAUAUUGUGCAGAGCAUGGUCAACGUCUUUUGGUUUAUGAUUACAUUGCAAAUGGUAGUUUGCAAGAUUUACUUCACUUUGCUGAUGAUAGGAGUAAGACAUUGACAUGGAAUGCACGUGUUAGGGUUGCACUUGGCACUGCUCGAGCUUUAGAGUACUUGCAUGAAGUCUGCCUACCUUCUGUUGUACAUAGAAACUUAAAAUCAGCAAAUAUUUUACUUGAUGAGGAGCUCAAUCCCCAUCUGUCAGACUGUGGUCUAGCCGCCCUUACACCAAACACAGAACGGGAGGUAGCUACACAGUUGGUCGGCUCUUUUGGUUAUAGUGCACCUGAAUUCGCCUUGUCUGGUAUAUACACCGUAAAAAGUGAUGUCUAUAGCUUUGGAGUGGUGAUGUUAGAGCUGUUGACUGGUCGGAAGCCAUUGGAUAGCUCAAGAGUGAGAUCUGAACAAUCACUUGUAAGAUGGGCCACUCCUCAAUUACAUGACAUUGAUUCGUUGGCCAAAAUGGUUGAUCCUACGUUAAAUGGCAUGUACCCUGCCAAGUCUUUGUCUCGGUUUGCUGACAUCAUUGCCCUUUGUGUUCAGCCCGAACCAGAGUUCCGGCCUCCCAUGUCUGAAGUUGUGCAAGCAUUGGUUCGACUCAUGCAAAGGGCGAGUGUGGUCAAGAGGCGAUCCAGUGAUGACUCGGGAUUCAUAUACAAAACACCAGAUCACGAGGCGUACGAAAUGUCAUAUUAGCUUUCUCAACAACUUAUUCGGCACAACAAACGUUGCAAUUUUCGCAUAUAUUUAUGCAAGGUCAAAAACUCAAGCAUUGAUGAUGAUGAAUUUCAAUGAAGAGAUCUGAGAAGGGUGAUAUCAAAGUCAGAUCUGGAGUAUGUAUAUCUAAUUCGUUUCACAUCAGAAGCUGGUCACUUGAAGUUCCAAGGUAAAUAUAUAUACUGAUGAUAGUUUAUAUAUCCGUGUGAAAGAAGAUCUUUGACUUUUAACUUUCCCACUUAUUUAAAUUCCACUUUCUGUUAAUUUUUUCUUUCUGCA